CAGUCUGUUGUGAUAGCGUUCUUGCAAGCCAUUCGUGUUAACUCUCGUUCGAUUUUAUAAUUGAUAAAAUUACAACAAUGGAGUUUCGUGUUGCGGCCGCCAUUCUCUUGAUCGCAGUGUCAGCAGUUUACAGUCAAGAUAUCAUGAAUCUGUGUAAACAGACAGAAAUCAAACCCGGAUCGCAUUUUAUCCGAUCACCAAAUAACUGCAGUGAAUUCUUCUUAUGUAACGCUAUGUUUCCCCUACCUUUAGCCUGUGGUAAGGGCACGGUAUUUUCGCAAUCCCAACAGAUCUGUGUGUGGCUGAACAGUCAGUAUGAUGACUGUAACCGCAUCAUUUACGGAGGAAAAUUCAAUGAUCCUAUCUGUAGCCAAUUCCCCUUUGGACUUAACCGUGACCCUAAUGAUUGCCAUAGGUUCAUUCCUUGCUACAAUCGAACCUCAUAUCCUUCAAUGGCAUGCCAAGCUGGUCUUUUCUUUAGCGUCAAUGAACAGAGAUGUACCACGGAAGGUACUGCGAAUUGUAGAAUCCAAUAAACAGCUUCCCGCCACAGUAAUUCAUAAUCCUGACCUUGUUUUCGUGAAUCAAUACAACUUUCAAAGAAUUGAUGAUCAUUAG